UUGUGAUAGAAACCAACUACAACGAAAGUAGCAACGGUGUGGAAAAACCUCGGCCGUCCGUGGAGUUGCGCGUGCCUCAGCAAGUGCGGAAAAAAUGAGCGUAUUUUCGCGGCCAACAGACUGUGUCAGGGACGCAGCUGCCGCGUCGGAAGGCGCGUUAACCGUGACCAGGCAGCCGAGAGGAAUGCAACGUCAAAUAUGAGAGUCGACGCAGCAGUAGUAUUCUCAACUUCAACGACAGGUGACAUCGGAAGCUGCCAUCGAAAUGCUCUCCGUGUGGUUCACGUGCUGCGCGUUUUGGGUCUGCGCCCACGGCAGCUCCCCGCCGCUGCUGUUGGUUCUGUCUCUCGACGGCUUCUGGUACAAGUACCGCUCUCUUUACAGAACGCCGCACAUCGACCGGUUGGCCACAGAAGGCGUGCAGGCCGAGUACCUGCGCAAUGCGUACGUAACCAAGACGUUCCCCAACCACUUCACCAUCGCUACUGGCCUUUACGAAGAGAGUCACGGUAUCGUCGGUAACGCAAUGUUCGAUCCCGUGCUCAACGACUCGUUCGACGAGUCGAGCCGCGAUCCCAGGUGGUGGGACAACGGGCACUCCCUGCCCAUCUGGGCGGCGAAUCAACUGCACGGCGGCCGUAGCGGCAGUAUGAUGUGGCCUGGAGGCGACGUGGCGAUUCACGGCGUGUCAGCGCACUACGUGCAGAGCUACGACCCGUCCCUGAACUUCAGCGAUCGCGUGGACCGCGUCGUCAGCUGGUUCCUGCAUCCGAAGGAGCCGGCCAACUGCGUCUUCUUCUACUACGAAGAGCCAGACGCGACGGGCCACGAACACGGCCCAAUGUCUCCCGUCACCGGUGCUCGCGUCGAGCAAGUGGACCCGUUAGUGGGAGAGUUGGUGGCGGCGUUGAAGCGAGCCAAACUGUGGGACCGCAUCCACCUGAUCGUGGUGAGCGACCACGGCAUGGCGCCCGUGACCAGGGUCUCCGCAUUGGACGAAGUGCUACCGCCGGACUCCUUCCGCGCGUACGGCACCAGUCCCGUGUGGAACAUACUUCCGGCGCAGGGCCGCGAGCACGAAGUGUACGCGAAGCUGCAAGAGGCGUCCGCGCGACUCCACAUUCGAGUGUACAGGUCCGAAGAGAUUCCGCCAGAGUACCACUACCGAAACAACGUUCGUAUCCUCCCCAUCUUGGCCGAAGCCGAACCAGGAUGGGACUUGGUAAUCUCAAAGAAGUCGGAGAGAGGGAACCGCACCUAUGGAAACCACGGCUAUCGCCCCAGCCUUGACUGGAUGCAUCCACUGUUCGUGGCUCGGGGCCCGGCGCUGAGAAAAGGCCAGCACGUGGGUCCGCUGGCGAGUGUGCACCUUUAUCCGCUCAUGGGUCACCUGCUAGGCUUGCCGUCCUGGCCGUCCAAUGGGUCCUUGCACGCCGUGCGACACAUGUUCCAGCCGGCACCUAGCAAUCUACCCCUACUGCUGGCUGCUGCUAGCGUGUUCCUGUGUACUACAGUGGGUCUGGUGGCGCUGGUGGUGUGCGGCCAGCCACACAGCAAUUCCAGCCAAGAAGACGAGGAGCCCCUGCUGCUGCUUUCCGCCUGAGGCUACCCAGCCCCGGCGCACGUCUAGUCCGGCAACAAUUCAAUGUUGCCAGCGUAGUCUCUUACAAGGCGGGGCGUGGCACCUAAAACAAUCUUCAACCACCUGCGUAAUCCGAGGCUCAACGCUAUCCGUUGCAGCAGCAUUAGAACUCGUGUAGGUCUCCUUGCGAAUUCUCUCGUACGCCAUUCGAGCUACCACUCGAGUUGUUAACGUCUCGAAUAUUGAACAGCAUAGCACACGCAAUUUCUUCUCAUGUUGUGCUGUUCAAAGUUCAAGACGAACAGAUUAGCAUAAAUACUGACAUUUUACUACAUGUACAAAGGAUUGAAGUUGAUCGUGACUGGUUAAUCGAGUUCAUAAAUGAUUUAUUUAAAUGAGCUGGCAAGGGUUGAGUGAGCAAACCCAGCACUUUUAUUGCCACGUCCCUCCUCUUUGUAUGGCUUGCGUCCACUACAUUAUUUCUCGCAGGAGUGGUUUGAUUACUUGAGUUGCCUUUGUGCUGUCACUACAACGAAUGUUCCUGUCUAUUAUGGCACAAAUUCCUUGCAACUUUAGCUGAGGGUAGCAUCGGAAAGGAGAAAGAGAAAGAAGAAGAGCAUUGGUAAAAAAAAAAGAAGAAAAAGUAAUCAUGCCUGACAAAGAAAAUCGUUUGAAUGUUACAAUGCUGAGCUAACCAGCACAGGCUUAUUGGGAAAGCCUUACAUGUUUGUUUAAGAUGACAGACUAAUUUUAUGGUGUGUGUUUAUGUACGUGAAGUCAUUCUCUGUGGAGGUAAACGUCUCUAAUUAAUAUU